AUGGUGGAGCUGCCACAGAGGCAACAGGUGGAUGAGGGAAAGGGGAGGCAGGAGGAGGAGAGACCCGAGGCAGCUGCCGGUGUUCCAGAUCAACUGGCGUUGGUCGAACAGAUGUGUGGCGGUCUUGCGUUUCAGGAGCUGCUACCGACAAACCAGCAAGAAAAAACGCCAUAUGUGUCAUCUGUGACCCUUGUGAGAUUGAGUGUCUGUAAUCUCUCAGAGGGAAGCUGUGAAACUCUGUCUUCACUACUCAGCUCCCAGCCCUCUAGUUUGAGACAGCUUGACCUGAGUAACAAUGACCUGAAGGACUCUGGAGUGAAAGUUUUGUCUUCUGGACUGAAAAGUCCAUACUGUGAACUGGAAACACUCAGGCUGUCAGGCUGCCUGGUCACAGAGGAAGGUUGCAAGUCUCUGGUCUCAGCUUUUAGCUCCAGUUCUUCCCAUCUGAAAGAGCUGGACCUGAGCUACAAUAACCCAGGAGAGGCAGGAGUGAAGAUGCUUGAGCAGCUAAGACUGGACACUCUGAGGGUGGAGCCUGCUGGAGUCCGAUGGUUGAGACCAGGUCUGAGGAAGUAUUCCUGUCAACUCACAAUCGACACAAACACAGUGAACACAAAGCUCCAACUGUCUGACAACAACAGGAAGGUGACACAUGUGGAGGAGGUUCAGUCAUAUCCUGAUCAUCCAGACAGAUUUGAUGUUUGUGAACAGCUGCUGUGUAGAGAUGGUCUGACUGGUCGCUGUUACUGGGAAGUCGAGUGGACGAGGAGGGCUUGGAUAUCAGUGAGUUACAGAGGAAUCAAAAGGGAAGGAAGGAGUGAUGAGUGUGUGUUUGGUGGAAAUGAUCAGUCCUGGAGUCUUUUCUGUUCUGAUCAUUAUUCCUCUGUGUGGCACAAUAACAGAGAAACAUCCAUCUCCUCCUCCAUCUCCUCCUCCUCCUCUGUCUCUAACAGAGUAGGACUGUAUGUGGACUGUCCUGCUGGCACUCUGUCCUUCUACAGAGUCUCCUCUGACUCUCUGAUCCACCUCCACACCUUCAACACCACAUUCACUGAACCUCUUUAUCCUGGAUUUGGGUCCUGGGAUCCAUCGGAUGGUUUGAAAAAAAGUAUCUUAUCAGGAUAUGCUGUUGUUUUCAUUGUUACCAUUUUUGUGUCUUUUUUUAACAAACUACUUUUAUCUUGCCAUCGUUUGUCAGAGAGUCAAACUAAAUUUGGUUCAUCUUUCUACAAUAAAAACAUAUCUUCAUCUUCAUUAUUACACCUUUGUGCAGCCCACCUUCUCCCCAUUGCCAUUUCUCCUCCCUCAGGCUACAUUCAAGCCACCAUCUUCAUCUCCACCACCACCAUCUAG